AUGGCCUUGACCUACAAGCAAUCACAGCUCGUCAGGGGCACGAUCCCCGCUCUCCGCGAGCAUGGCGAGACCAUCACCUCCAUAUUCUACGCCAAUAUGCUCCGCGCCCAUCCAGAACUUCACGAUUAUUUUAACAAAGUUAACCAGGCCAACGGCCGUCAACCUCGUGCCUUGACGGGCGUCAUCCUGACGUUCGCAUCCAAUCUGAAUAACAUCAGCGAACUCAUCCCCAAACUCGAGCGCAUGUGCAAUAAACAUUGUUCCCUCGGUAUCCAGCCUGAGCAGUAUGAUAUUGUCGGCAAGUACCUCAUUCAGGCCUUCGGCCAGGUUCUUGGUCCAACUAUGACACCAGAGACCCGUGAGGCAUGGACAAAGGCCUACUCGAUUCUGGCCAAGAUGCUUAUCAGCCGCGAGGCCCAGAUGUACCGUGAAUUUGACCAAGACAAGUGGACAGGGUGGCGCAAGUUUCGCAUCGAGCGCAAGGUUGCCGAGACGGACGACAUUUUCUCCUUUUAUCUGGUUCCUGUGGACGGCAAGCAACUCCCAGACUUCUAUCCCGGCCAGUACACCUCGAUUCGCGCGAACAUCCCGGCACUGGGUCACUUGCAGUCACGGCAGUACUCGCUCAGUGACGCGCCGCGACCUGACUACUAUCGUAUCACCGUCAAACGAGACCAAGGUGUCAAAGUCGGCAAAGGUAGCGCUGUCAUCGACCUCAACCCAGGCGUCUUUUCCAACUACCUUAUCAACGAUAAGAAGCCCGGCGACCUCGUCGAGCUGACGCACCCUACCGGCGACUUUUUCUUCGACACACACGCCGCCGGUACCCAGCCUGUCGUUCUCAUCUCCGCUGGCGUUGGCGCCACCCCUCUCAUGUCCAUUUGCAACACCAUCAUCGACCGCCAGGCCGUCCGCCCCAUCUCUUGGGUUCACUGCUCGGCCCGAGCAGCACCUUUCGAGGACCAUAUCCGCAGAAUUGCGUCUAAGCGCAUCAGUUUCAGUAAUAAAUUCUUCCGCUCUCAGAUUGCCGAUGUACUGGACGACGACUCGAUGUCCUCAUCAAGCGACCUUGGCCUCCGUAUGGACCUCACCCGGAUUGACCCCGCAGAACUCUAUAUUGGCCACGGUGGCGCUGAGUACUACAUCUGCGGUCCUGAGAUCUUCAUGACCGAAAUGUCACAGUAUCUCAUCGACCAAGGCGUCGACUCUGCGAGAGUCAAGUUUGAACGAUUUACGACAGGAGAUCUGGAGUUCAAGCACUGA